AUGGGCAGACGGUUUGAUAUUAUUCAGACACCAAAAGAUUUUAAUCAUACAGAUUUACCAAGCGAAAUAACUAUUAGCAAGCCAUUUAAAAUUAACCAGGACACUUAUGUAUGUGAAAAAACCAGUGUAGACGGAUUUAAAAUUUACAAUGAGAAAGAGGACUGUGGGACAAAUAAGCACUAUUAUGUUAUUAGAAAGUUGUAG